AUGAGUGAUGGUGUCUGGGACUUCAAGUUGAGAGAAAUCCAUGAUUCUAAUAUCAGGUUUGAUAAAAAUCCAAAGAGUGACUGUGAAUUUGAUGAAAUUGGAAAGAGAUUCAGACAGACUUCUAUCUUAAAUCACUGUAAGAAAAUGACCUCAGGGAAUGACUACGCUCAGGAUAGUGAAUACAGCAAAUGCAUUAUCGAACAUGUAGAGCUUGUUCAGUCCCAGGAGAAGGCUCCUGAAAUGCCAGUGUAUCCAGGUAAUCAAGGGGAAAUGGCCUGGAACUGGCGUUCAGACCUCAUGAGACAUCAGAAGAGUGACACUGGAGAAAUGUUUUCUGUAAGUAAUAAAGGUGAGAAGGCCUUGAGUCAGAAUUCUAAGCUCAUUACUCAUCAGCAAAUUCCCAUUGGAAAGGAGCCCAAUGAAUAUAAUGAAUGUGAAGCAACCUCAUCCCAUCAGUCAUCCCUUUCUUGCAAGCCUAGAUUUCUCCCUGGAAUGAAAAGUUACGCAUGUCCUCACUGUGGGAAGGCCUUUGGUUGCAACUUAAAUCUUCAUAGAUCUCAUAAGAUUCAUACUGGGGAGAAGUUUUAUGAAUGUCAUGAAUGUGGAAAGGCUUUCUGCUAUAGAUCUCUCCUUAUUGGCCCUCAGAGAAUCCACACUGGAGAGAAACCUUAUGAAUGUAUUCAGUGUGGAAAGACUUUCACACAGAGCUCCAGUCUUGCUGCACAUCAGAGAAUCCACAGUGGAGAGAAACCUUUUGAAUGUAAUCAGUGCGGAAAGGCUUUCAGAACGAGAUCCCAACUUGCUGUACAUCAGAGAAUCCACAGUGGGGAGAAACCUUAUGAAUGUAAUCACUGUGGAAAGGCUUUCACCGACAGUGGCAAUUUUGUUGCACAUCAGAGAAUCCACACUGGAGAGAAGCCUUACCAAUGUAAUCAGUGUGGAAAGGGUUUCACAAGGAGGCAGGGACUUGCUGCCCAUCAGAGAAUUCACAGUGGAGAGAAACCUUUUGAAUGUAAUCAAUGCGGAAAGGCUUUCAGACAGAAGAGUCAUCUUACUGCACAUCAGAGAAUUCACCCUGGAGCAAAGCCUUAUCUAUGUAAUCAGUGUGGAAAGGCAUUCAAAUUUCCCUACACUCUUGUUUUACAUCAGAGAAUCCACACUGGAGAGAAACCUUAUGAAUGA